AUGGACCCCAAAGACCUGACGUCUGAGUCUGCGACAGGGAGACUGAGGACCGCACUGAGGAGCAGGACUGUGGCCAGGGGCACUAGGACCCUGCAGAUCUGCAACAACCACAGCCGUAAGCAUCUGUACAUCUGCAACAACCACAGCCGUAAGCAUCUGUACAUCUGCAACAACCACAGCCGUAAGCAUCUGUACAUCUGCAACAACCACAGCCGUAAGCAUCUGUACAUCUGCAACAACCACAGCCGUAAGCAUCUGUACAUCUGCAACAACUACAGCCGUAAACAUCUGUACAUCUGCAACAACUACAGCCGUAAGCAUCUGUACAUCUGCAACAACUACAGCCGUAAGCAUCUGUACAUCUGCAACAACUACAGCCGUAAGCAUCUGUACAUCUGCAACAACUACAGCCGUAAGCAUCUGUACAUCUGCAACAACUACAGCCGUAAGCAUCUGUACAUCUGCAACAACUACAGCCGUAAGCAUCUGUACAUCUGCAACAACUACAGCCGUAAGCAUCUGUACAUCUGCAACAACUACAGCCGUAAGCAUCUGUACAUCUGCAACAACUACAGCCGUAAGCAUCUGUACAUCUGCAACAACUACAGCCGUAAGCAUCUGUACAUCUGCAACAACUACAGCCGUAAGCAUCUCAACUACAGCUGUAAGCAUCUGUACAUCUGCAACAACUACAGCCGUAAGCAUCUGUACAUCUGCAACAACUACAGCCGUAAGCAUCUGUACAACAACCACAGCCGUAAGCAUCUGUACAUCUGCAACAACUACAGCCGUAAGCAUCUGUACAUCUGCAACAACUACAGCCGUAAGCAUCUGUACAUCUGCAACAACUACAGCCGUAAGCAUCUGUACAUCUGCAACAACUACAGCCGUAAGCAUCUGUACAUCUGCAACAACUACAGCCGUAAGCAUCUCAACUACAGCCGUAAGCAUCUGUACAUCUGCAACAACUACAGCCGUAAGCAUCUGUACAUCUGCAACAACUACAGCCGUAAGCAUCUGUACAUCUGCAACAACUACAGCCGUAAGCAUCUGUACAUCUGCAACAACUACAGCCGUAAGCAUCUGUACAUCUUCAGCAACUACAGCCGUAAGCAUCUCCGUAAACAUCUGUACAUCUGCAACAACUACAGCCGUAAGCAUCUGUACAUCUGCAACAACUACAGCCGUAAGCAUCUGUACAUCUGCAACAACUACAGCCGUAAGCAUCUGUACAUCUGCAACAACUACAGCCGUAAGCAUCUGUACAUCUGCAACAACUACAGCCGUAAGCAUCUGUACAUCUGCAACAACUACAGCCGUAAGCAUCUGUACAUCUGCAACAACUACAGCCGUAAGCAUCUGUACAUCUGCAACAACUACAGCCGUAAGCAUCUGUACAUCUUCAGCAACUACAGCCGUAAGCAUCUCCGUAAACAUCUGUACAUCUGCAACAACUACAGCCGUAAGCAUCUGUACAUCUGCAACAACUACAGCCGUAAGCAUCUGUACAUCUGCAACAACUACAGCCGUAAGCAUCUGUACAUCUGCAACAACUACAGCCGUAAGCAUCUGUACAUCUGCAACAACUACAGCCGUAAGCAUCUGUACAUCUGCAACAACUACAGCCGUAAGCAUCUGUACAUCUGCAACAACUACAGCCGUAAGCAUCUCCGUAAACAUCUGUACAUCUGCAACAACUACAGCCGUAAGCAUCUGUACAUCUGCAACAACUACAGCCGUAAGCAUCUGUACAUCUGCAACAACUACAGCCGUAAGCAUCUGUACAUCUGCAACAACUACAGCCGUAAGCAUCUGUACAUCUGCAACAACUACAGCCGUAAGCAUCUGUACAUCUGCAACAACUACAGCCGUAAGCAUCUGUACAUCUGCAACAACUACAGCCGUAAGCAUCUGUACAUCUGCAACAACUACAGCCGUAAGCAUCUGUACAUCUGCAACAACUACAGCCGUAAGCAUCUGUACAUCUUCAGCAACUACAGCCGUAAGCAUCUGUACAUCUGCAACAACUACAGCUGUUAG